AUGAAGACUUCGGUGGCAGUGAAUCCAUCCAUUCGCUUUCGCGAACUCACCAAGGAAAUUAACAGUUUAACCAAUUUUUUAGGUGUUGAUGUUAUGGCGCCUAUUUUGAAGUUUAAUUAUCGCACCGGGACCACGAUCUUUGCGAUUGUUAGUUAUACGGCCUUUGCUGUAUUUUCCGUAGUCAAUAAUGGCGGCGAUUUGGUUGAAAGCCUAAAGGCCAGCUCAAUGUUAGGUGGCCUGUUUCAUGGGCUUGGAAAGUUCCUAACGUGUUUGUUGAAGCAGAAGAACAUGAGGAAUCUCACUCUUUUUACAAGGAGCAUCUACGAGGAGUAUGAGGAAAGGGGAAUGUCGUAUCGUACAGCUCUGAACACAAACAUUGAUAAGCUAAUCAGCUUAAUACGAGUUAUUCGCAAUGGAUAUUUUAUUACCUUUUUUAUAAUGACUUUUCUGCCCCUGGCAAGGCUUUUUUACGACGGAACCAGGGUCACAGCGAUGCAGUACGUAAUCCCUGGUGUUCCGCUGGAAAGUAAUAUUGGAUACACAGUCACCUAUUUCGUUCAAUUGAUCUCAAUGGUCGUUACUGCCGUUGGAUUUUAUGGUGGAGACUUGUUUGUCUUUCUCGGAUUAACUCAGAUCCUGACAUUUGCCGAUUUGAUGCAGAUUAAAAUAGACGAGCUUAAUGAGUCCCUGGAAGAAAAAGCACAAUCUAGAGCUCUGUUACCAGUGGGUUUUCAGAUUAAAGGGGAAGAGAAGCGACAUCAUUUGCUAUUAGAAAUUAUAAAAUGGCAUCAACUAUUUACCGACUACUGUCGCACUGUAAACGCCAUAUACCAUGAAUUGAUUGCCACUCAGGUUUUAACCAUGGGAAUAUCAAUGAUGAUCAGUUUCAGCAUUAAUUUGUCUGGCUUUAACCUAUCCCUGGCCAUCUUCUUUGUAAUAUCAGCCUACAGCAUGUCCAUCUACUGCUUUCUGGGGACCAAACUUGAAUUUGGAUAUGAUCAGAUCUACGAGAGCAUCUGUAAUGUGGCUUGGUAUGAGUUGAAUGCCGAUCAGAGGAAGCUCUUUGGCGUAAUGCUGCGGGAGUCUCAGCAUCCACCAACUAUUAAGAUACUUGGUAUUAUGUCGCUAUCUGUUAAGACGGCUUUGCAGAUUGUUAAACUCAUGUAUAGUGUAUCCAUGAUGAUGAUGAAUCGUUCUUAA